CGGCGAGGCGGGUGCGGGUGCGGGUCCGCUGCAUGCGAGUCACUGGAGCACUCUGCAGUGGCUGGAGGCUGCCGGCUUCGCGGUGAGUCCGGACAAUCGGCUGUGCUGCAGUGCGGAGGAGGCGGUGGCGGCCGCGGAGGAGUGGAUGAGCCGCCGGGACUCGCUGGGCUACGAUGUGGAUGGUGUGGUGCUCAAGCUGGAUGCCACCGCGCUGUACUCGCUGCUGGGCACUGCAGGCGGCGGGUCGGACCCACGGUGGGCGGUGGCGUGGAAGUUCCCCGCGGGGGAGGCGGUGACGCGGCUGCAGGGGGUGGAGCUGAGUGUUGGGCGGACGGGGCAGGUUACCCCCAUCGCUCUGCUGUCCCCCGUGCAGCUGGGCGGGGUGGUCAUCCGGCGCGCCAGCCUGCACAACAUUGGGUUGGCGGAGGGUCUGGGGCUGCACGAGGGGGACGCGGUGGUGGUGCGGAGGAGCGGGGAUGUCAUACCGCAGGUCAUGCGGGCCCUCCCCGAACUGCGCCCCCCCGGCGCCCGG